GGAAUUACACAAUUCUCAGCUGAUUUCACGUAUAAAUAACCAGAAAACAUACGAUGGUUUAAAUUUCGUAAAUUGAACCGAACGUGACUGUUGUUCAAGAUACCUUACUAAUUGUCAAUAGAAGUGAUUUUUGUAAUUUUUGCUAACUUUAUUCAGUCGUAAUUAUCCGCGCGCCAAUCAGUAAUCAGUAUUACUCGGUGCAUUAAAGGUAUUAGACGUAUGUUGAAUCAUUUCUGGGUUUGUCUUUUAGAUAACCUAAGAUUAGAUAAUAUACCGAAAGAAUCUUAGCACUCCUUAUAUCCUUUAUCAGAAUUUUUUGAUUGUGGUGUAAGUGUAGACAUAUAUCAAGAGCAGCCAUGAAGGUCGUAAUAUUUGGAUCCACCGGCAUGACCGGUGUUUGCGCUGUUGAAGCAGCUCUAAAAAAAGGAUAUGAAGUCCGAGCUUUCGUACGCGACCCGUCAAAGCUUCCCGAGGACUUGAGAUCAAAAGUGGAAGUUAUCAAAGGCGAUGUCUUGGAAGCUGACUCCGUAACUAACGCCAUUGAAGGCACAGAUGGUGUGGUCAUUGCCUUAGGUACCCGGGGUGUUCUAGAGCCGACUUCAGAUAUGUCAGAGGGCACGAAAAAUAUCAUCGACGCUAUGAGAGCGAAACACGUGAAGGUGGUAUCUGCUUGCAUUUCCGCUUUCCUGUUUUAUGAAGCAGACAAAGUCCCGGAGAGAUUUAUUUCGAUCACCAAGGACCACAAGAGAAUGUUCGAGGAGCUUAAGGGAUCUGGAUUAGACUGGAUCGCGGUCUUCUCGCCUCAUAUUUCUGAUGACCCAAGCCGGGAUAUCAUCGUUGAAGUCAACCCCGAGAAGUCGCCUGGACGCGCCGUCUCCAAACACGAUUUGGGAAGAUUUCUUGUAGACUCUUUAACCGAAUCCAAAUAUUAUAAGACGGUUAUUGGUCUGUGCAAUGUACCUAAAGCAUAAACACGUUUA